AUGUUUUUGAGAAUUCUCAGUUUUAUGACGGCGGACCCUGGUCUCCCAGAGCCAAACAUGGUCCUCGCCAUUAUAUCCAUACAGGACACAGGAGUAUCAUUAACUAAUGCCAUCCAGUACGAGUCUCACUAUAUCGCGGACACUGACUUAGAUGACGUUGUAUUCUAUGAUUCUCUCCUGUCCGUGCACCGUUCGGACUCUCUGACGCUGUGUUUCGCUAUGUGUGGCCAGAAUUGUAACUGUCUCGGCUACAACUCUGAAAGAAAGAAGUGUCAUCUGUAUAAAUCGUGUGAUUCUGUGAGUAAAACUGAUAAAGAAACUGGGUGGAGGUAUUACAACUCAAAGUUGGAAGAAGAGGGUUGGCUAUUGUAUAGAACCCAUUACUACUUAGAAACCAAGAAUAGUACCACGUGGCCAAAUGCCAGGUUUGAGUGUGAAAAGUUAGGGGCCCACUUGGUUUCCAUAGAAUCGGAGGAAGAAAACACGUGGUUAACAGAAACUAUCCUGCCAGCCUGGGAUCCUGGUGCAAACGAUAUCGACCAGGAGGGGAGAUUUGUCUGGACAGGAAACAACCGUGACGUCACUUCCUACUCCAACUGGUACCCCAAUGAGCCGGAUAAUACUGGAGAACAGGACUGUGUUCAUCUGUGUCGUCAGGGGAUUUGGGAAGAUGCCGGCUGUGAUAUGUAUUAUUUUGAUUCUUCUGACUCUGAUGACACUGACAAAGAUUACGAGGAUGAAAGUGACGAGAAGAAGGGGGAUAUCCAAGACCAUUGUUCCGUGCAUAAUAUUCUUGCAGAAUGCAAAUAUUUUGCUGGUAUGAAAAUAAAAGAGUGCUAUGAUGGAGAUAAGAUCAAAGAAGGACAACGUGUAGUCAGGGGGAUUGAUUGGAGCUAUGGUGAUCAAGACGGAAGAGAGGGGAACAUUGGAACGGUAAUAGAAGUCUUUAAGGACGCAAAACAGGUGCGAGUGCAGUGGGACUCAUCGAAUGAUGCAGGAGACCAAAAAGACAUGUAUAAAUACAGGACAGGACUGGAGGGGAAAUACGAUCUGCGACUUUUCGAUAACUCACAAACAGGUGUACAUCACAAGUUUUAUGGAUGUGAUGUCUGUGAAGAAACACCAAUAAUUGGAAUGCGAUGGCGAUGUUUGUAUUGCGAGGACUACGACUUGUGUACGGAGUGUUAUAUGUACGACGAACAUAAUAUAAAACAUCCGUUUGAAAGACAUCAGGGAAUGAAAACAAUGAGUGACAAUGUAGGAAUUAGGGCCAAUGUAGAUUAUCUGAGAGGGAGUGGAAUUUUCAUUGGAGCACAUGUGAAAUCGAGAAAAGGUCCAAAAAUUGAAGGAAGAGUGAUCGAUAUGGAAAAUAGCAUACCGCUAUAUAAUUGCGACGCAAAAGUCAUCUGGGAAGAUGGGCCUACUAAAAGAUGCAGAGUUGGAAGAAAUGGAGAAGUGGACAUAAAGUUUAAAGUACCGGCAGAAGUACCAUACAUUGAAGACCAUUUACAAAAAAUCACUGAAGACACUGCAGUUGUAGGGCUAAGAGUUUUGAAAAAAACAAACGACGAGCGAUCAACAGUUGGCACAAUCAUUGCAAUAAAGAAAGAUGCAGUGAAGACUGAUCAUAAAGAAAAAGGACAGCGUCCAAAGCAACGAAAAUCUGGCAUGUUUCCCAGGAAGUAUCCAGGAGACGAUCCCCAAACAGAACAAACUUCAAAUUGUGUCACUGUUCAAUGGGAUGACGGUGAAGAGGAGUGUCUCGAAACCUAUGCAGUAGAAAUAUUAUUGUUUGAUAACAGCCAAAUAGGAAUCAGACACAGUGCAAUUUGUAGAAAAUGUAAAUCGCAUAAAAGAAGAAUAAAAGGGAUCCGAUGGAAGUGUUCCAAAUGUCCAAAUUAUGAUCUUUGCUCAUCUUGUUAUAUGUCGGUGAUGGACGACCACGCUGAUCAUUUAUUUUACCGAAUCACUGAUUCAACAAAAGGAGGAAAAGAAGGCAAAACAAAUAGAACCAAAUUAGAAAAACCAAGGACAUGCAGCGAAUUAAAAAGAAAAAGAGCCAAAGGCAUAUUUAUAGGUGCUCAAGUUCAGCAACUGAAUGAUAAAACAGGCCGUGUGGGAAAAGUAGAAGAGCUUCUCCACUUCAAAAUAAAGAAUUAUAAAUGUAAUGUUGUUGUGGAGACUAAAAAUAGUCAGUUCAGCUUUAUCUGCGUUUCAAGUACAGAGAAACUGCGUGUCAAACUAGCCUAUGACGUCAUAUCUUUUAUUACAGCGAGAUCAAGUUGGCUUUGA